GGCGUCCGGCGACGCACGCGCGUCCUUCCCCUCCUCUCCCCCCCCUCACGCAUGCGGCCCCGCCCUGUCCAGGUGACGGCGCUGCCCCGCGCCCCGCCCCGGCGCUGUGGGUGAGGUCAGUGCGGUGCGCCCGCGCUGUAGGCCAGGCCCCGCUGCAGAGUGGGGAGGAGGCGCUGAGAGCCGCCGCCCGCCCGGGCCCUGUCAGGGAAGGAGCCAGGCGGGCCGGCCGCACCGAGGCCAUGGAGCUGGCGGACGGCGUGGUGUACCAGGAAGAGCCGGGCGGCCCGGGCCCCGCCAUGAUGUCGGAGCGGGUGUCGGGGCUGGCGGGCUCCAUCUACCGCGAGUUCGAGCGGCUGAUCGGGCGCUACGACGAGGAGGUGGUGGCCGAGCUGAUGCCGCUGGUGGUGGCGGUGCUGGAGAACCUGGACUCGGUGUGCGCGCACAGCCAGGAGGCCAGCGUGGAGCUGGAGCUGCUGCGGGACGACAACGAGCAGCUGCUCACCCAGUACGAGCGCGAGAAGGCGCUGCGCAAGCAGGCCGAGGAGAAAUUCAUUGAAUUUGAAGAUUCUCAAGAACAAGAAAAAAAGGACUUACAGACUCGAGUGGAAUCAUUAGAAUCACAAACACGACAGCUUGAACUGAAAGCAAAAAAUUAUGCUGAUCAAAUUAGCAGACUUGAGGAGAGGGAGGCAGAACUGAAGAAAGAAUACAAUGCACUUCAUUCAAGACAUACAGAGAUUUUCUUCCAAAACGGACAACAAGCUAUGCAGAUGAUUCACAAUUAUAUGGAACACUUGGAAAGAACCAAACUUCAUCAACUAACGGGGGGUGAUCUGCUAGAAUCCAUCACACAAAAUAGAAUUAGAAAAGAGCGUCCUAUAUCACUGGGCAUCUUCCCAUUACCUCCGGGAGAUGCACUGCUUACACCUGAGACUCAGAGAGAAGGAGGGGAAACACCUGGGUCAGAGCACUGGAAAUUCCAUGAGCUAAGCCAGCCACGCUCCAACACCAGCCUAAAGGAUGAACUUUCUGAUAUUAGUCAAGCAGACUCAAAAUCUACUACCCCAGCAUCAACAGCUGCUUCAGAUGUGCCUGUGUUAUCUGCUGAAACUCCCCUGAAAGAGGAUAAUGAAGGGCCUGCAAAGAGUGCAGAUGCACUGAACAACAAAUCAGAUGUAAGCAAGCACAUUGAAGUGCAGGUAGCUCAAGAAACAAGAACUGUGUCAAUCGGUGCUAAUGAAAAUGAAGAGAAGUCUGAAGUUCAAGCAAUUAUCGAGUCCACUCCAGAGCUGGAUAUGGAUAAAGACCUCAGUGGAUAUAAAGGUUCAAGCACUCCUACCAAAGGUAUAGAGAACAAAGCAUUUGAUCGUAAUACAGAAUCUCUCUUUGAAGAGCUGUCUUCUGCUGGCUCUGGCCUAAUUGGAGAUGUGGAUGAAGGAGCAGAUUUAUUGGGGGAAUAUUCUGGAAUGGGUCGUGAAGUUGAAAAUCUUAUUCUGGAGAACACCCAGCUAUUGGAGACUAAAAAUGCGCUGAAUGUGGUAAAGAAUGAUUUGAUAGCAAAAGUGGAUGAACUGACCUGUGAGAAGGAUGUACUGCAUGGAGAACUAGAAGCUGUAAAACAAGCCAAGCAGAAGCUUGAAGAGAAGAACAAGGAAUUAGAAGAAGAGCUUAGAAAAGCUCGUGCAGAAGCAGAGGAAGCAAGACAAAAAGCGAAAGAGGAUGAUGAUAGUGAUGUUCCCACUGCUCAGAGGAAACGUUUUACCCGUGUUGAAAUGGCCCGUGUCCUGAUGGAAAGAAAUCAAUAUAAAGAGAGGCUGAUGGAGCUUCAGGAAGCCGUGCGAUGGACUGAAAUGAUAAGAGCAUCAAGAGAAAAUCCAGCCAUGCAAGAAAAGAAGAGAUCAAGCAUUUGGCAGUUUUUCAGCAGGCUGUUCAGUUCAUCAAGCAAUACUGCUAAGAAACCAGAACCACCUGUUAAUCUUAAGUAUAAUGCUCCAACUUCACAUAUUACUCCAUCAGUCAAGAAAAGAAGCAGCACCUUAUCUCAACUACCUAGUGACAAAUCUAAAGCCUUUGACUUCCUCAGUGAAGAAUCUGAAGCCAAUUUAGCCUCACGCAGAGAACAGAAACGAGAACAAUACCGCCAAGUGAAAGCACAUGUUCAAAAGGAAGAUGGUAGAGUGCAAGCUUUUGGCUGGAGUCUGCCUCAAAAAUACAAACAGGUAGCAAAUGGUGGUCAGGGUGAUAACAAGAUGAAGAAUUUACCCGUGCCUGUCUAUCUGAGACCCUUAGAUGAAAAGGAUACAUCUAUGAAGCUUUGGUGUGCUGUUGGGGUGAACUUAUCAGGAGGGAAGACGAGAGAUGGAGGCUCUGUGGUGGGUGCCAGUGUAUUCUACAAUGAUGUAGCAGGUUCGGAUGCCAAUGGGAACAAGCACCGAACAGGAUCUCAGAGUAGCUUAGACAGACUAGACCAGGAACUCAAGGAGCAGCAGAAGCAGCUGAAACAUCAGGAAGAAUUAUCCAGUCUAGUUUGGAUCUGUACUAGCACACACUCUGCUACAAAAGUGAUCAUUGUUGAUGCUAACCAGCCGGGAAAUAUCCUAGACAAUUUUAUUGUUUGCAAUUCUCACGUUCUUUGUAUUGCUAGCAUUCCAGGGGCUAGAGAAACAGAUUAUCCUGUAGGAGAGGAAGGGUCACAAGAAACAGACUCCAAUCAGGUGGACAGGACCUCUUUGUGUGGAAGUAUGACCAGCAACAGCUCAGCAGAAACUGAUAGCCUAUUAGGAGGAAUCACAGUGGUUGGUUGUACUGCAGAGGGUAUUACAGGAUCUCUCAUAACGCAAAAUGCUAAUGGUGCCUCAUCUGUGACAGAUAAACAGCCAGAAACUGCAGCUGAAAGUCAUGUGGUGGAUGAAAAUGUUCCAACAGCAGAGGAAGCAACGGAGGCGACAGAAGUCAGUGCUGGGUCAGGAGAAGAUUUAGCUGAUUCAGCCCAAACUGGAGUGUAUACAGAGCAUGUCUUCACAGACCCUUUGGGGGUGCAGAAUACCACAGAGGGUUCCCCAGUAUACCAGCCUAGUAGUGAGUCAGACUUGUGUAAAGAUGUGGUAGAAUUGCCAAAUGAGCAAGAUCUAGUGAGAGAAGAAGCACAGAAAAUGAGCAGCCUUUUACCUACAAUGUGGCUUGGAGCACAGAAUGGAUGCUUGUAUGUUCAUUCUUCAGUGGCCCAGUGGAGGAAAUGUAUUCAUGCCAUUAAACUUAAAGAUUCUAUUCUCAGUAUUGUACAUGUAAAAGGAAUAGUGUUAGUUGCACUAGCUGAUGGAACAUUAGCCAUAUUUCACAGAGGAGUUGAUGGUCAGUGGGACUUGACAAACUAUCACCUCUUAGACCUGGGCCGACCUCAUCACUCCAUCCGAUGCAUGACUGUUGUACAUGAUAAAGUCUGGUGUGGCUACAGGAACAAAAUCUAUGUUGUUCAACCAAAGGCCAUGAAAAUAGAGAAAUCGUUUGAUGCACACCCAAGGAAAGAGAGCCAAGUGAGACAGCUUGCCUGGGUGGGUGAUGGGGUGUGGGUCUCUAUUCGUUUGGAUUCCACGCUCCGACUCUAUCACGCACACACAUAUCAGCAUCUACAAGAUGUGGACAUUGAACCCUAUGUAAGCAAAAUGCUAGGUACUGGAAAACUAGGGUUCUCAUUUGUGAGAAUCACAGCUCUUAUGGUGUCUUGUAAUCGUUUGUGGGUGGGGACAGGAAAUGGUGUCAUCAUCUCCAUUCCAUUAACAGAAACUGUAAUCCUCCACCAGGGACGUUUACUGGGGCUGAGGGCUAAUAAAACAGCAGGCUCUGGAACCCGUCCUGGGAGCGUUAUACGUGUAUAUGGGGAUGAAAACAGUGAUAAAGUGACUCCUGGAACAUUCAUACCAUAUUGUUCAAUGGCACACGCACAACUUUGCUUUCAUGGGCAUCGUGAUGCUGUUAAGUUUUUUGUUGCAGUACCUGGUCAAGUUGUUUGCCCAGCCAACAGUGGUGGAACAGAACUAUCAGGUGAUAAAUCUGCCCAAGAAUUCUUCAGUCAAACUCCCUUAAAAUCUAUGUUGGUGAUAAGUGGAGGAGAGGGAUAUAUUGACUUCAGGAUGGGUGAUGAAGGUGAGGAAUCUGAACUUCCUGGAGAAGCUCUGCAACUUGAACCUUCUGUAGCCAAAGCUGAGAGGAGUCACCUAAUAGUGUGGCAAGUAAUGUAUGGCAAUGAGUGAACCCACUAAGAAGCAGCUGGAGGCUGAAAAAAGGCUUCUGCAUGUUUUUUGGUUUUUUAUUUUUGUGGAAUCUGUUUCACUACAUGGUGUUGAAGCAUUUGUUUGCUGUUUAACUUUAUAUUGCAAAUCUGUCAGACCUUAACAAUACAGGAAUUAGCUUGUGCUGUUUUACUGCACCAGUGUUACAUAGGUAAGAUCAGUAUAAUGAAGAAAUCAAAGUGUUUCCUUAAGACUGGUGACCACUGGUAAGCAAUCCAGACAGUUUACUGUACCACAACAAUCUAAUGUAGUUCACUUCUUUUGCUAGUGUCGCGCUCUAUCACUAAUUGAGUUAAACUUCAUUACAGCUGAGAUUAAUUUAUCUGUACAACAUAUUGAGUGAAACAGCAAAGUUAUUCCCAGUGUAUUAUAACAUUGACAAGCUAAUAUCAGAUGAAUUAUCAAGAUUCAUGUAUACAUUCAGUGAGGGCUAAAGUGAAUUGUAAAUUUUAACUUUUAUUUUCAAACCUGACAAAUCUUGUUUAUAUAGUGUAUACAGUUUUGUUUAUGGUUUUCAUCAAAACUUCUGGGGGAAGAGGGGAUUGUAUAGAAGAACUUAAAACAACAAUAUUUAAAUAAAAUUUCAUGUUUGACUGCUGAAGAAGUCUAAAAUUUGAGAACUGCUACCCUCAAUAACGAACUGUAUGGAGAACAGUUUUCUCACUUUUUCCUUGUCAAUUGGCAAUGUCUUGUAAUUUCCAAAGGACACUUAGACAUUGGGAUGAUUAUAAAACUGAAAAGUUGUAAAAUCCUUGAGCAGGGGAUACAUUCAUUUGCUUCAUGACUUAAAUCCACAUAUCUUUUCUUAGACCCUAGAGCAAUCUUCUCUGCUUAGCUAGUCAAACUCAUGAGUAACUGUUAUGGAGGUUAAAGACCUCAAACAGAGCAAAAGAACUGACUGACAAAAAAGAAAAUACAUUCUGCCCAAAUGAAAUUGUAAAGGAACUUUCAGCUCUAUAAUUAGGCAAAAAAACACACAAUUGUUUCAUAUCCCUGUUUAGGUAGUGAAAUACUAUGUUGUUUAGAGAAAAGAAAAACACAUUAACAGAUUAAGUAACAUUAAGAUCGAGUUAACUGACAGAAGCCAGGAGAGUCUAAUAUCAAGGCGGACAUUCUGUCUACUCACCAUAUAUUUUUUUAACCACAAUAGAGUGAGUUCAGGAUUGAGUGUCUUCCUUUUGCUUUGAAUUUCCUGAGUUGGUAUCAAAACUGAGUUCAACACUUUCUGUAGAGUUUCUGUAAAAUGUAUAACAUUAGCCAGUUUGUUCCUUAAUUUAGUCUCUGAACAAUAGACAUUUUUAAAAAUCUGAACAUUCAGCAUGUAUCCCCAAAAGACUGGGACUGUCUGAGCAAUCUGUUUAAGUGACAGAAUGGAACAGUUUCAAAGGAAUAAAUAUAGACAAACUUUUUUUUAAAACUGCCUAAACAUUUUUAUGCAAUAGGAGCAGUUCUGGUCUAUCAGGCAAACGUGUUUAUAUAUUUUUCUUAAUUUUUUAAAAACACAUUUAGCUGAGGUCUAUUGUGUAAAUAUAUAUUUAGGCAGCUUUUUUCAAAUGCAUAUCAUAUCUGAUAAACCAGAAAAACUCCAUUCAGGUCUAUUGGUUAGAUUUAUAUGUAUAAAUACUUUUUAAACAGCAUAUUUUGUACACACCUGUUCCACUCUCGUAAAUAUGUAUUUAGGACAUAGGCUAUAUAGUAAAAAUCCUUAUUAAAAAUGCCUAAUAUCUUGGUGGUGUAUUUUCUCUCCAGAAUGCCAAACAUGGUGAUUGUUGUUCACAAAUCACUUUCCAAAUUUUCAUUUUUAAAAUCUAUCUUGAAUUGCUUUGGCUUAAAUAUGAAAUCUGGGAACUUCAAAAAUAUAUAUAUACACACAAAAGUACAUAAAAUCAGACUGUCUUAAACAUUGUUAUAAGAAAGACCUAUUUAAAAAUAUAUAUGUAUGCUGAACUUCAAGCACAUUUGAGUUAUAUCUCAUGAAAUUGGUGUCUGAGAAAAAUGCUGACUAAACUUCAACAGUAAUGCAAACAUCACUACAAUUGGUACAGUUUUAUUGCUCCUCCUGCCAUCUUUCCUUUUAAAUUUAACUUAUUGGCUAUUAGGAAAACAUUCUAUAAGCUUUAUGCGCCAGUGGAUUUUCACAUUCAUGUAUUCUCAGAAAGAACGCACAAUUCUGUUCCUUAAAUCUUGUAUAGCAUUUUAUUUGUAAUUAUUAACUGUUUCUCUGAACUGCUUCACUGCUGUCAAAUAGAGCAGAUGUGUCUGGCAAGUGCAUCCCUAGUCUUUUUUGCCAAAUCAAAUGUGUCUGGUACACUGUGCCAUUCUAUUCACUUCAGUGGACCAGCUCUUGCAAAAAUGGCUGCAGAGACAGAAGUGUUUGUGUCCAAUAGUGGAGGGGUUUUAAAGGAAAUACGGCCUGUCACUACAGUACAACUGUGGGUGUAGAAGAGGGAGUUGCACACUACUCUGCGUUAUUCAUUUUAAAAUUUAUCCCCUGUUCUAAGGAACAGUAGGUUAAGGGCAUACUUAUUCUUCUCACAAUGCACUGGGAUUUAUAAAUUCCAGAUCACUUUGAAGGGUGGGUAAAGCACGUAAAAACCCCAUGCAUCAAGAUGACAAACUCCUAAAAAUCUAAAUCUCAAUGUGUUUAUGCAUCACAGACUUGUGGUUUAAACAUCCUAUAAAAAGGAAUAAAUUUCUUGAUAGCUACAGCUUGUUAAUAGUUUGAAAACAUUUCGAGCACAAAAUAUGCAGCACAUUACUUGUCUGGAUAAGUGUGUUUGCAUGGUAAAGGUAAAAUGACUUGUAUAAGCUGCUGUAUUGUUCAUUUCUUGUAAAGGUCUUCCUGCGUUGGAUCAGAUAGAGCUGGCAGAGUGUAGACACUUUAUCAUAGGCUGCCUUCGUAACAAACAAAUGUUAAACUGUUUUAUUAUACUAACUGUUCUAAAGAACGUACGUCUUUAAAAUGGUGUGUAACUGAAUAUUUAUUUCCAUGUGAGUAUUAUAAAAGUUACCAAAGGAUUAAACUUGAUUUAGCACUCUUGUAAGUGACCCUUGUCUGUAAAAUGAGACACAGUAAAAAAAAAAUAAUAAUAAUAAUAAUAAACUACAGCUCUAUGCGGAAGUUAAAUAUUUUUUCUAACAGGGUUAUGCCAUAUUCUAACAACGUAUGUUGCACCUCAGAGCAUUUUUCUAUACACUAAAUGUCUGUCCCAGCCUCUAACAAAAAUUAAGUUUCCUUUAUUAAUUUUGUUGCACAUUUCUCAACCUUUUAAACCUAUUUUAAAUAUUUUAUGGUCUGUAAUUUGACAGUUUUGUCUGUUAGACACUUUACGCUGAAUUUUAUUGCCUCUGUAAUCUGAGAUGGAUACUACAGCGUUCAACUUGCUGUCUGUUAAAACUCAAGGCUUUUCUGUGAGCAAGAAAGCUCAUAUAGCAGUGUAGUUAUUUCAGUAUUUAUUUCUAUUGAAUCCUUGGGGUUCAGAAUGUAACUUUGUACAUGAAAUAUAUAUAAAUAUGUAUAUGAAACAUG